AUGGUGAGAGCAUCUUACGCUGCUGUGAAGGGCAAUGGCCUGGACACUGAGAAGAGGGAGACAAGUCUGAAGGUCACUGGGAUUGACUUUCUCAAGAGCCAGAACUCCCUCUUGCACCAUACGGAUGCAUACAACAUCAAGAACCUGGUGGUGCGGCGUGGGCAAGCCUUUCAGCUCCAGCUCAGCUUUAGCAGGGAACUGAAGUCUUCUGACAAGCUGAAACUGUGCUUCGGCAUUGGCAAAAAGCCAAUGAAACCCAGGGGAACCCUGCUGUCGCUGAACCCAAUUCAGGGGAAGAACACCGCUGGGUGGCAAAUCUCCGUCGUCAAGAACAGCGGCAAAGAGUGCCUGCUGUCUGUCACCAGCUCACCCUGGGCCCCAGUGGGAAAAUACACUCUGAAUGUGAAGACUGGGACUGACAUUUACAAGCCCGAAAACAAUGCUGUCUACCUUUUGUUCAAUCCUUGGUGUGAAGCUGACGUUGUCUUCCUGGACAAUGAGGCGCAGAGAAACGAGUACGUGCUCAACGAUACAGGCUACAUCUAUGUUGGGUCUGCAUACAGCAUAUACAACAGACCCUGGAAUUUUGGGCAGUUUGAGGAAUUUGUCUUGGAUGCCUGCAUGUAUCUGCUGGACAAAAGUAACCUCAAGAUAAGCAAUAGAAGGGAUCCUGUGCUUGUGGCCAGAGCCAUGUCUGCUUUGGUUAAUGCCAACAAUGACAGCGGUGUCCUGCUGGGGAACUGGUCAGGGGAUUACAGCAAUGGGACCUCCCCUAUGGAUUGGAUUGGGAGCGUCUCAAUUUUGCAGAAGUAUUAUGAAACGAAGAAGCCAGUUGCUUAUGGUCAAUGUUGGGUCUUCUCUGGAGUCCUCACUACAGUCAUGCGAUGCUUGGGGGUCCCAGCCCGCUCCGUGAGUAACUUCAACUCUGCACACGAUACAGAUGAGAACCUGACAGUUGAUGUUUACCUGAAUGAAUUUGGAGAAAAGCUGAACUCGAUGUCUUUCGACUCCGUCUGGAACUUCCACGUGUGGAACGAUGUCUGGAUGAAGCGGAAAGACCUGCCGCCAGGGUUUGACGGCUGGCAGGCAAUUGACGCAACCCCUCAGGAGCUAAGCCAAGGUAUUUUCCAGUGUGGUCCAUGCCCGUUGAAGGCUAUCCGAGAAGGGGAUGUGUAUUUGCCCUUCGACAGCAAGUUUGUGUAUGCGGAAGUGAAUGCUGAUGAAGUCUACUGGGUCGUCAAGAAGGUGAACGGCGAGGAUAAGUACACCAGGGUUGGCACGGAGACCCAAGGCAUUGGCGUGAACAUAAGCACAAAAGCCGUGGGGCAGGACAAGCGGGAAGACAUCACUGCGCAGUACAAGUUCCCUGAAGGCUCCAAAGAGGAAAGGGAGGCCAUGCAGAAAGCUUCCUCCUUCAUACGCCCUGCAGAAAUGACACCUCGUGCAUACUUUGCUUCAGUUAUGAUGUCCACGGAUGAUGUGGACUCCAAGCCUACAGUCCUGUGUGACACAGUCUCUAAGACCGGGCUCCAGCUUGAGAUAACUCACAAAGAAGCAUUGUAUCCUGGCAAUCCCCUUGAGCUGGCCAUCACAGUGAAGACCUCUACUCCUGGGAGCUGGACCAUCAAUCUUACCAGCGCCUGCCAGCUGCAGUCCUACACUGGGAAAGUUGAGGCUACCCUUGGAUAUGUCAAGGAGACCAUCAAGCUUGAAGGCAAAUCUGAGACGCAGGUCCCUCUGAAAAUUGCACCUGAUGCGUACAUGAAGACACUGGCCUCGGUGGAAGAUGAAGUGCUUAUCCACAUCACCGCCAUUGCCGAGGUCCAGGGGCUGGAUGAGAAACUCACCAAGGAGACAACAAUGAGCUUUGAGUACCCCCCCAUCACUGUCCAGAUGCCAGAAAAGGCCCAACUGAACAAGGAGUUCACCUGUGCCCUCAUCUUCAAGAAUAAGCUGAAUGUGCCCCUGGACAACUGCAGGCUGCUGGUGGAGGGCUUGGGCAUAUUUAGGAUGACAGAGUUUGAUGAAGGGGAUGUAAAGCCUGGUAGGAUUAUUAAGUCUGAAAUAAUAUGCACUCCGACAAGACCAGGAGAGAAGAAAAUAGUAGCCAAGCUGACCUCGACCCAGAUCAAAGGGAUCUCUGCGGAGAAGACCAUCACCAUCACACAGUAGGGACGGUGCCUCAGCAGGGUGUAAACAGCACCUUCACAAAAUGCAUUGUGCCGUUGCAUGUCUCAGGCACUUCUUGCCUCCUUGAUUACUUUGAGAUUACUAUCCAGCAAAGAGGAAAAAUUCUAUUAAGCUAAGUGAAUUAAACUGACUUAAAGGGCACAAUUGUGUUGAUUGCAGUUAAUUGUGAUUCAAUAAAUGCUGUUAA